GAAGGGGGUAAAACCUCCUCUAAGAGAAUCUCAGGAUGGGGAUGUGUAACUUGUAUGAACACACAGAGCAACUGCUUGUAAAAUAUUCCAGAAGAAAUCAUGACCAGGUGGGCCCGUACAAGUACCACUCAUAGCAAAAAGCCUCUGGACGCUACACCAUGGGAAGAUAUGAAAAAUGGAUCCACCAGUGGAACAGUGAGGAAUAAACAGCAAAAUUAUUCAAAUACGCUUUCUUUAAAGAAUGAUCAAGUGAAGAAGAAGAAGAAUAAAAAGAAAAAGGACUAUUUGAAUGAAGAUGUUAAUGGAUUCAUGGAAUACUUAAAACAGAGCUCACAGGUUAUACAUAGUGGAAAGGUGAGAGCAGCAGACAGCCAUGAGAUGAGGGAAGAAGUAGCAACAGCCUUGAAGAAAGAUAAGCGUCGGGAGGGAAGAAGAUUGAAGAGACAAGAGAUGAAGAAAAACACCAUGGUAUGUUUCCACUGUAGGAAGCCUGGCCAUGGAAUUGCUGACUGCCCAGCUGCCCUUGAAAGUCAGGAUAUGGGUACUGGAAUCUGUUAUCGAUGUGGAUCUACAGAGCAUGAAAUCACCAAGUGUAGAGCAAAAGUAGAUCCAGCUCUUGGGGAAUUUCCAUAUGCAAAAUGUUUUAUUUGUGGCGAGAUGGGGCAUCUGUCAAGGUCAUGUCCAGAUAAUCCUAAAGGACUAUAUGCUGAAGGAGGCUGCUGCAGGCUUUGUGGAUCUGUGGAACACUUUAAAAAAGAUUGUCCAGAAAACCAGAACUCAGAUCAAGCAGUAACAGUUGGUCGAUGGUCCUAUGGAAUGAGUGCAGAUUAUGAAGAAAUUCUAGAGAGCCCUAAACUACAAAAACCAAAAGUAAAAGUACCAAAAGUUGUUAAUUUUUGAUAACUGCUCUCAGACUACAUUAAACAUCAUUUGUCUUCUGAGUGGUCACUGGGUUAUACAACUGCAAGAUAAAGCUGGGUUCCUUAGGCCAAAUUCAGCUCUAGCAUAGUGGGCAUAACUCCACUGACACCUACUUGCAUUGAUUUUGGCUUCAGUAAACUAGCUGGAUUGCAGUUGCCACAUGACUUCUUGUGUAUUCACAAUUUUCUACAAACCCCCUCCCUUGCCAAUCUUAAAUGGUGAUCACUUAACCUAAACAAUGCUUAAGUGAAGGUGUCCUGAGGAGAGAAGUAAUACAGCAAACAAAUGUUUUUUUUAAAAAUGCUGUCAUAGUUCAGGGCUAACUGCACCACUGGCCCCUCUCCAGUCUCUGUAAAUGUGCUCAUUAAAUUGCAGACUUCAUGCUUUCAACUCUCCAGGGUGGAAUCGCACGAUUGGGGAUCUGGGCUGCAAUACUCCGUGUACCAGCCAUUCUCAUCCCUACAGGUCUGCUUGCGUUCAGCACAGGCUCCUUAAAACAAAGUAUUGUUUAUGAACACGUUCCUUCAGCGAAAAAAAAUUGAAACAAAAAAAGGCCAACACAUAUGAAACCUCAAUUAUGCAGCUUCACUUACUGUCCCCAAUAACACCUGGAUAGUCAGUUAUACUCUACUGCAAAACUUCUAGAAGCCACCCCAGAUAUAUUAAUGCUUUACACACAGUGGUGGGUCCAGAACCACAAAAUGUAUCUGAAUGGGAAAUUUGGCUUUUCAGUGGUGUACUAUCGGUGCCAAGAUCGAUUUGAUGUAUUCAGUGUUAAAUCUGAUUUGCUAAAGCAUUUACAGACAAAGUACUUCUGUGCACCUUAGAAGGUGCUUAAGGGUGCUCAAGGAUCCCUGUCUCAUCAAAGUCUUAGUUUGAUUCAGAACUCUAAUUAUGAGACACUGUACUAAACUUUUAAAGUAGCUUUGUCAUAGUUAAUCUUUAAAGGAUAAUUAUGUAGUGAUCAAGAUGUUCACUUAACUUCCUAUUUUAACUUGUCCUUUUAUGAAUGUGUUAUGACCCUUCUUGAAAGAUGGCAUGGCUUAGCAAACUCUUUUGGGCCAAGUCAUGGCUUGUUGCUGCCUUGGAAUGUACGGUUUCUUGUGGUAAAUCACAAUACACAAACUUAUUGUUUAAAUGCUUCCUUAUUUAUACAUUUUCUUAAAAUUGACUUAUUUUUAUAAAAUAUAUUAAGUUUGAAUUUUC